AAAAGGUAAUACUGUUUGGUACAUGUGCCGGGUCGUCAGCAAAACUUCAGAUAAAAAAAUCCAAUCGAAGCGUCCAGAAAACAAACGAAUUUUAUUUGCCAACAGUACAAAUACUCUAUAAAAUGUCUGCCGAGGAAGGACAGUUCGACAAUAUCCUGCUGGCCGUGGCCGAAAAACAUCGCGGCGGCGUGCCCGAGUUUUUGGGCACCUUGGCCAGUUUUCUGCGCCGCAAGACGGACUUCUUCACCGGGGCCAAGCAGGCCGAGUGGGAGAAACUCCUGCUGGAUGUCUUCACCAAGGAGUCCAAGUUGGCGAUCAGUGACCACAACGAGAAGCUCAAGGCCCGCGAGGCCUCCCAGCGGCUGAAGGACGAAAAGGAGAGGGCCGAAAGGGAGGCCCGCAAAAAGGAGAUCGACGACAACAAAAUAUGUGAUAUCACCGAUGAGGAGGCCGCGGCCAUCAUCAAGGAGGAGGAAGUCAAAAAACGCCAACAGCUGCUGGAUGGCGCUGGCGGAGAGCCGGCUGCCUCACUUCCCGAUGACAUCUCCAAGCCCAUCGAGGAAGUGGACCAUGAGACCGAAAACAGCGAGCUGGGCAAGCUGAUGCCGAAUUUAGGCAAUGGUUGCACCUUGGAGAAGUACACCUGGACACAGACACUGCAGGAGGUGGAGCUCAAGAUUCCCUUCAACGUGUCAUUCGCUCUUCGUGCCCGUGAUCUGGUGGUCAGCAUUGGAAAGAAGACCCUGAAGGUGGGCAUCAAAGGUCAAGAGCCCAUCAUCGAUGGCGAGCUGUGCGCCGAGGUGAAGCAGGAGGAGUCCGUGUGGGUCUUGCAAGACAGCAAAACCGUGAUGAUCACCCUGGAUAAGAUCAACAAGAUGAACUGGUGGAGCCGCCUGGUCACAACCGAUCCGGAGAUAUCUACGCGCAAGAUCAAUCCAGAGUCGUCGAAACUAUCUGAUCUGGAUGGCGAGACGCGCAGCAUGGUGGAGAAGAUGAUGUACGAUCAGCGGCAGAAGGAGAUGGGUCUGCCCACCAGUGAGGAUCGCAAAAAGCAGGACAUUCUCGAGAAAUUCAAGCAGCAGCAUCCUGAGAUGGACUUCUCCAAGUGCAAAUUCAAUUAGUUCUACAUUCUCUGCCCUAUCUGUAUAACUUUCGCUUUCGCACUCUUCUCACUCUUUCGCAUUUGAAAUGUGAAUUCUUCUCCAUCUUUCCAAUCACACAAUAAACUAAUGCAAGCAAAAUA